AUGGCUGACAUCACCCCAUUCAAGGCCAGCGCGAUCACGUUACCUCAAGUUGAAGAAAUCAAAAUAAAGCUCAAAUAUGCUCGACUGGACGAUGGAAUGGCGGAUGUGGAAUCGAACGACCUAGAAAUUGGUCACUCGUCUUUCAAGGAGCUGGUCGAGUAUUGGCGCGAUGAGUAUGACUGGCGAAAGUACGAGGCUUUCUUGAAUACCUUGAACCAUUUCAAGACUCCGAUACAGGUCGAUGGCUUUGAGCCUCUGAAUAUCCAUUACAUCCACCAGAAAUCUUCGAGGGAAGAUGCGAUUCCACUUUUGUUUCUACAUGGCUGGCCUGGAUCUUUCCUAGAAGUUACCAAGAUUCUGCCUCUACUAACCGAGUCAGCAGAGGAUAAACAGGCUUUUCAUGUGGUCGCGCCCUCGUUGCCCGGCUAUGGCUUUAGUCAGUAUUCCAAGAAGUCUGUUUUGGACUAG